AUAUGCGGCAUGCGGCUAGUCUCGUUUGUAUAUUUUUGCUUAUUUAUCAGGUCAUUAUUUCGAUGCUAUCCCAAUAACACCACAAAAAGUUGCGGAAAAACAAACUUUUUGCAAUGCCCUCAUCGAGCUGCAAGGUCGAAAGCUGACAUUAACUCAGUAAUCAUCGUAACUAACAACACUAACCUAUUCAAUUUCAAUUUUUAAUCAAACCUGACGAAGUUUGCUUCACGUCAACAUCAACAGUAUUGUGUUCAGUUUUAUCAUCGCCAUUGGUGCGCAAAUAUUGGUGAAUGUUGAUAAAGAAAUUCCGCAGGUCGGAAAACUCUGAACAAUUUAACAACAUUGAACAUAGUGUAUAGUGCUAACUCAGGUUCCUACUAUAGGAUAGGUAUAAGAAAACAGAUCUAGUGCAGGGUUAUUGCAAGUGAGGGUAGUUAUAGGUAUAAAAGUGAAGUGACAGUUUGUGUUCCACGUUCAACCGUUGAUUGAUAUUUAAAACGGUUCAACUAUUUCGGAAGGAGCUGGAUAUUUUUCACCUGAUGAAUUUGUUGAUUGUAAAUCAUUCAUGGUGAAAAAGAAGAUGUUUGGUGCUGAUUGGGAAGUUAUACUUCGGCACCGUAUAUCUACUAACAUCUCCAGUGAUUUUACGACGGAGAGAACAUUUCCCGAGAAUUUCCGCGUAUAGUUGGACGCAUGGCAGGAGCACCCCUAGUUGGUGGAAACAUCCGCAUCAACCCUCAGUGAGCCAGAUGAGGUGAACAACGACCGUUCUUUCCACAACAUCGAUCGGGAAACGCGGAAAAUGUCUGCGACUAGUACUCCGAGGAGGAGACCGACGUUUCCAGGUUCUCUGACGGAUCUGCACAGGUUCCGGAAGACGACCCACGGCCACAAUGGCUCCAGCCGGAUUGUGAUGGUGAGGAAGACCGACCAGAGGACCUUUGCUUCGUUAGAAAAUGGACAGGACCCGAAACUAGAGACAAUCACAAGAGAAACAAUCGAAACAUUCCGAGGAGAAAGGACUGAAUGCAAAAUAACGACUGAAACAAAGGACAUUGACGAGAAGUGCCCCCAUCAUUUAUUCGAAGCUUUGACUGAAAAAUCUAGCAGAAAACCUAGUGUUAAGAAAAAGAAUCCGAAAAUGGAGUUCCAAAAUGAGUGCCUUAAAGCCCAUAACGAGUACAGGAAAAAACACGGAGUCCCUCCACUGAAACUGAAUAGAGAUAUGUGUAAAGUGAGUCAAGACUGGGCAAAUAACCUCAUCAGGAAAGGUAUUUUGCAGCACAGCAACAACCAAGAUUACGGGGAGAAUCUGUUUUGCGUGCAAUCGUCUAAUACGAAUUUCAUGAUCGAUGGCAAGGAGGCUGUGGAUAAUUGGUACGAGGAGAUCAAAUGUCAUAAAUUUGGGGUAGAACCAAAUAGCUUGUCAUCUGGACAUUUCACGCAGGUAGUAUGGAAAGAUUCCAGAGAACUAGGCGUAGCAUAUGCAAAAUCCGGCGGCAAAAUCCUAGUAGUCGCUAACUAUUACCCUCCAGGCAACAUCAUCGGCCAUUUCGCAGAUAAUGUCCUUCCACCAGGAGGGCUCCAUUCCAAUAAUAACAACAAUAACCACAUCGAACUCGGCCAUGAGUUCUCGCAACUGUCAGUCAGCGCAUCAAAAACCGUCGAUAAAUUGACACAAAACGUCACCGAGGGUAAUUUCGAAGAGGACUUCCUAGAGUCGCACAACACCUACAGAAGAAGACACGGUGUUCCUCCAUUGAAGCUGGACAAGAAGCUCUGCAAGUACAGCGAGGAAUGGGCUAAACAUCUUGCGCAGAAAAACAUCUUGGAGCACAGACCUGGGAGUAACUAUGGAGAAAACAUCUACUGCCUUUACUCUUCCGAUCCAAAUUUCACAGUGAACGGCCACACACCAGUUGACACCUGGUAUGAGGAGGUAUCGCACCACCCUUUCGGCAAAGAACCAAGCAAUCUCAAGUCUGGACAUUUCUCUCAAGUAAUCUGGAAAUCAAGCGAGUAUCUAGGAGUUGGCGUUGCUAAAAACUCGCAAGGAAGUAUCUACGUGGUCGCCAACUAUUCACCAGCUGGUAACUUUGUGGGACACUACGUGGAAAAUGUGCCACCAGUAAAACCUUCUUUUUAUGGGGAAGCCAUGUCGAAGCAUAGUAGGAAGCCUGAGACUACGACUUCGAAAACUUCACCAAGUGGUGCAAGUGUUGCAGCCAGUCGUACUGGCACUUUCAACCAGUUUGCUUUGGACGCCUUGAAAAUACAUAAUGAAUAUAGAAGGAAACAUGGAGUUCCUGAUUUGAAACUCAACGAGAAGAUCUGCAAAUUCGCGCAAGAGUGGGCCGAUACAUGUGCGAGAACGUCCAGUUUGCAACACCGUACCAACUGCCCUUACGGAGAGAACAUCUUCUCGGUCUACUCUUCCGAUUUCAGCCAUACGCCAACGGCUAGAGAUGCUAUCAAAGAAUGGUACGACGAAAUCAAGCAACACACUUUCGGAGUUGAAAAAGUCAAUCAGCAGACUCUGCAUUUCACCCAAAUUGUGUGGAAAAACACGAAGGAGAUGGGUAUCGGCAUGGCAAAGAAUAAAAAAGGGCAGACCUACGUGGUGGCUAAUUAUGAUCCUAGAGGUAACUACGUAGGGCAGUUUGUUGAAAAUGUGCCCAGGCCAAAGCCUUGAUCGUCUAGGUGCUUCAAGAGGGUGCAUUUUACUUUAUAGUAUCUACCAAAAUAUGUAAUUUUAGUUACCUACAUUCCAUAUAUUUCAAUGCCAAAGAUGUGAUAUGGCAAUUUGAUUAUCAUAUCAUGUAAAACCCCUUUUCUACAUUAGUACAAACUUGAAUAUAUACUUGAAUUAUACAGUAUUACCAAUUUAGUGAUUAGCCUUGUUGAUGAUGAUCAUACCUAUAUUUUAUAGAUAUUUUCUACAGGGUCUAGAUUAGGACGGUAUCAAAACAUUACUGAUAGAUUCCACUAGAGGUAGAAUAACAAUUCUGUAUGUACUCUCUGGUACCUAAAUACCUAUAGGAAGUGAGUUUGAUAUCUGCAAUCGAACUGGGUUUGAAAUGGUCCGAGAACACUCACUAUUUUGUAUGUUGAUCCAAUUUACAGCACAACCAAAGAUUCAUGCUUUUCUGACUCAUAAUCUGUCUGAAAAAAUUGAGAUAAUCGCGUCAAUAUUUGAAUAUUUCUAUUUGAGCCUUUUAGCGCUAUUCAGAUUACCUAUGUACCUAUACUCACUAGUAUGGAAUGAUAAAUGAUAAGUUAAUUUUAUAUAAAUCAUAUCGAUGUAUCUAUACGAUAUAUCGAUAUUGUUGACCUGUUUAUCAAUAAAUUCCCAUGAAACCUG